AGAAUGAAGAGUACUUGAACGGGCUGGACGUUUCGCUCAGACUAGUUUUCGUCUUAAGUAACUUGUGUUUAACUGAAAGCCACACCGUCUGCUGUACUUAGCAUUUUCGCAAAAGAGAAUUUGAAGAGCACUUUGUUUUGAAGUAGGGAGAAAUUGUGAUCUGAACUUUGUUAUGAUGAUAAGUGCCUGAGCCAGCCUGAACCUUUCUAGGCUACAUAAGGACCUUUUCCGUAUUUGGACGUCUGUUUCUGUCAGCUGUGUGGGCUCGUACCAGCCGCCAACGUGGCUACGCUGGAUCGAGAUUAUUCAUUCUACCACCCAUUUGGGGUGGUCGGCCCGGGUGUAGGUACGGGCCACCAUCAUGGAAUCGAGCAUGAGCUGAAAAUGACCGGUAGUCUUCCAUCAGUCCAUAGUCAUAGUUCUAUACCUAUGAUCGCUAGUACCUCGCCAGCCUCCUCACCGCCCUCACACGGUCACAUCCACAAUAAUGAAAACUGCGGAGACAUAGGACCGUCUGGUGGGGACAGCAAUAAGAACAAGAAAGACGCAGACAGAGUGAAACGACCCAUGAAUGCUUUUAUGGUUUGGUCCAGAGGUCAGAGAAGAAAAAUGGCCCAAGAAAAUCCGAAAAUGCAUAAUUCUGAGAUCAGUAAAAGGUUGGGUGCUGAGUGGAAACUGCUAUCGGAGGCCGAAAAACGGCCCUUUAUUGAUGAAGCGAAACGGCUGCGAGCCGUGCACCUGAAAGAACACCCAGAUUAUAAGUACCGGCCUCGUAGGAAAAACAAGACCUUGAAGAAAAAAGACAAAUACCCACUAGCUACAGGAUUGCUUACGCCGGACAGCCGGACUCCCGUGCAACAGGUCAGUCGGGAGAUGUACCAGAUGAACAGCUAUAUGCCCAAUGGUUACCCCACCAUGAUGCACGAAGCAUACCAACAACAUGCGGCAGCUGCAGCUUCUUACGGGUCUCAAAUUGUGGCCAACAGUGCCCUCUACUCUCGAUAUGAAAUGCCCCCGCUGUCCACACCGAUAACCACAUGCUCUAACAUGAAUAUGCCUUACUUGAACGGUACAUCCCACUAUUCCAUGCCCAUGUCAUCCUACUCGCCCAUGCAAACUGCCAGUCCCAUGCCUGCCCCAUGCCCCAUCAAAUUGGAACCGAACCACAGCCCUGGGGCCCAGACCCCUCCAUGUGCUAUGUCAGCGGCAGUGGCCGGUAGAAGACCAGGAUGCACUUCUGACCUCCGUGAUAUGAUCAGUAUGUAUUUACCUGGUGAUGGAAAUAGCGACCCCAAUGUCCAGAGACUUCAACUGCAAAGUCACUACCAUCAUCAACCCGAGCCCAUGGUGGCCGGUACCAUGCCUUUAACACAUAUGUAAGUAUUGGGUGAGUUUGGAUAGCGACUUAUUAAUCAGACGUAUUCACAGAUCUAGUGGAGAUACAGACAAUCAGGCUGAUUCAUUACCACAAAUCAGAUUAUGUGCGCAUUUCGUGAUAACAACGAGACGUCAAAGACUAACAGAGAUAUUGAAUAUAUCUAUUUCCUCGUCUUGUUUCCGUCGUGUUCCGGCUGCACGUAAGUAGCCUCAGCUUACGCAGAGGUUCAAUUCAAUAAGUGUUUUUCAAAAGUACUUGUGUGUAUAUAUAAAUAUGAAUAUAUAACCUUGCACGUGCACGGAGGACAUAUUUUCUGUUGUUGUUUUUUUUUGUAAAGCAGAACAAAAAAAACAAAAAGAAGAAAAAGAAAGCGUUAUUUCUUCAAGAAUAAUGGCUGAGUACGUUACUGUUACAACUGGGACAAGGGUAGUUGUAGCUUGUCUAGAGCGAGCUCUUGCGGCGAGUUAACAACGCUUCGAGACGUGUAAAGUAGCUAUUAAGUAUACUGCAGAUGUAGUUCCUGUUAUAGUGAUAGAUAUCAGCGAAUGACAUGCUUGGGACGAGUACGGUUAACUCUCUAUCACUGUUCAACAACUUCCUUAUAGCUAAACUUAAAGGGAAACCAUACUGGGCUAUCUGCUGUGUUCACCGCGGAGAAUCGAACUCAGAACUUUAGUGUUGUAAAUCCGUCAACUUACCACUAAUCCAGCAGGGAAACAGUACUGAAGGAAGGAGGAGGAAUGGGUAAAAACUAGCACAUGAACUUGGAUAUAGACCUACAAUAAAUAAAUACUUCCGUUGAUCAGUGAGUAUCCAGUAGUAUCAUUGUGUGUGGAUUAUUAUAACCUUUGAUCCUAGCAAGCUACAUGUAUAGAUCAGAACUAAAACAUAUGUCUAAUAACUAACGUAGCUAUUUAAAUAUAAUGUUCAAACUAUAGUAGAGGCAUAUGGAGAUGAUAAGAAGUGGACAAUUCUGUAGGAAAUCCCAUAUGUUCAUGGAUAUGUACAACUAAACAUCGCUUGGUUGCAGCUACCACACAUGAAUAUGAAUAAAUAAUCCAUGAACGAAGUGGGAAUCGGUAUGUAGUCACUUAAGAUGAAAAAAUAGUCCAUUAACAUAUACAAGCACGGUAUUUAGUUAGCUCAAAACUUAUGUUCUUAGUCAUUGAAACAGUGUGCCUCUAUAACAAAGUUAUACGUUAUUUAAAAAAUGUUAGGGAUAAACCACUAACUGGUAAUGAACGGAUCCUGAGAUUUUAAAAUAGAUGCAUAUAUAUGAUCUGUCCGCAACAAACUAAUUUAGAUGUUCACUUUGUCAACAUGCUUAGAAGAUCGCUAACUGAAAUACAUAGCAAUUAAAUCUGCAAAUUCUUAGACAUGAAGAAAAACAAAAUUUGCCUGUUCAAUUAAACAGACGUACUUAAAUCAUUGUGCUAAUUCCUAUAAUAAGAUAUAUAACCCUUUACUUAUUUUUUGUUAAAUACACAUAAACUAAUAGGUUGUCAUCCAUUAAUUAAAAUGUUUAUGCAAUAGCAAGUGAUUGAUUGACUCGGUGUUCUUGUUGAAAUGGAUUUUACAUUUAAUCGUUAGACCAUUAGACAAGAGACAUCGGGUUUUCGAUUUUCAACUCAAAUAAAGAAAGGCAGUUGAAAAUUGAUCGGAAUCAUACUUGAUUGUUUCAGAGUGUUGGGUGUGUAUUCGAGGGCUAGUAGUGCCAAUCAUUUUUACUCGCCAGUUCAGUUCACACCAAAACCUGUCUUUAUCUGCUUGUCAUGCACUAUGGUUUUUAUUCAAUUGCUAAUCACAACCCUAGGAACAGUUCACACAGUCACAGAACAUCUUGUUCUAAGGCUGUACUCAAUCAGUUCUAUCUACCAAUCUAUUUACGGUGUUAAUAUUUAUGAAUCUAUGUAUGAUUAACCUAUUGACUGUAUACUAUAACACUUAUCAAGGAGAUACGAUUAAGAGUUGUAUUUAAAGGACUACCAGACAAUAUUAAAUAUGAUCUAUAUAUGUAAUCAGUAAUUAAGUGCCUACAUGGAAGUUCUUUGUAUUAUAUCAAGACAUCUUCCACAACAUUUAUAUCUACUUUUUAAAAAGCUAAGUAUGAUUAUAUAACAACAGAACCGACUUAAGAGUAGUAACAACUCAUAGUAGCAUAUUUAAUAUGGGAAGAAGCGUCUGUCAAAUUAAAACUGUGUAGAUAAUUAUCCGUGUUCUGUGUAUGUUUUAAACUGUACUCAUUGAUAAUUGUAUUAUAAUUUAUGAUCUGUGUAUUUUUAAACUGUACUAAUAAAUAAAUGUAUUA